AUGAAUCCACAUUCUCACAGGCAAAAAGCAAACACAGUAAAUUUUCAGCUGUCAACCUACCGUGACUUUUGGAAUCCAAAUUUACGGGGUGAGCAGUUGGCCCUGGAUAUGGCCGACCUCAGCUCACUGCAGCACCUUGAAAGUGGCCCAAACUUAAGAGGUCAUGGAAUGAGUACAGAGCUGCGCCAAUCAGAAAGAGAAGCCUAUUGGUUAAUUCUGGAGUUUAUAGAACAAGAACACAUGUCUACGAUGGAGAAGCAGAAUUUCCUCAAAGCUGUGGAAAUCCUCAGUAGUGCUGUGCGUGCCGAGGGAAAUGGCAACAUGAACGAUUAUUAUCCCAAAGCCACCCUGGCUAAGAAAAUUGAGACAUUAAUCCUGGAAGAAUCCACUGAGACUUUGGACAGCAGCGUGCGUCAGCAGGCCAUGCUGUGUGUCGUGGCUCUCAGCCAGGUGAAGCCAUCAUUCUACUUACCCGAGAUACUGGACUUGGUCAGCGCAAGCAUCUCCAGCAUGUUCUCUCUACCACUCAUCAUGCCCAGCCUUGACCGAAAGGAUAAUGCAAGCCUCUACCUUCAGACCACCCAGGCCUUAGAUGACAUGUUACAAGCACUUGUGAUGGACGACAUGGAUCCCAACAUGCUCAUACUGGAAAACUUCCUGGAAAUCAUCUUGCCUUGGUUAACGCAUUCCAACAAGGUGCAUGAGCACACUCGGGCCUUGGUCACCAUUUCCCGGUUGCUGCGGUUUGUUUGCAAUUUCUCCACGCUGCUGCACAUGGAGAUGUUCUCCAUGAAUGGGAAGCUGAUGGGCAUCCUGGGCCUCCUCUGCUUGAACUCCAACCAUGAGAUCAGCCUGGGGGCAUCAGAGGCUUUGCAUUACUUGUCCAAAAUCCUUGUGCUUCAGAGAAGUGUAAGACAGAAGAUGGUGGCCAUCCUGAAGAACCUGCAGAAGCGCUUCCGUGGGGAAUGGUUUGCCAACAUGCAGAAUGUCUCAUUGUUCUUCAGGAAAUAUCUGACCCCAGCGGAGAGGGCCGAUGUGAUCAUGGUGACCAUGGAGAGCCUGACCAGAAGAAGUAGGGAUGACAUCUACGCAGCCACCAAGAUGUUGGAUGUGAUCCUGAAGUAUUCUAUCCCAGAAAUUGAGAAGGUGCCAGAGAUCAUCCAGUACAUUUACUUCCACAUGAGCAGCAUCACUGAGGCUGCCGCCCAGAACACCAUACGGAAGAUCCUUCAGCUCCUGUCCCAGUCCUACACUGAUGAAGUGAUCUUGACACUGUUUAGGAUAGAGGAUCAGCCACAAAAGGGGAUGUGCAAGCCCUGGGAGAUCCUGGCAUCCUUCCCAAAAGGCUGUGAGGUCAUCAUGAAACAUCUGCUGCAGAGACUGGCUCCGCAGCCAGCACCUCUGGACCGGGAUCCCAGCCAGAGAACAGAGAUCUCUCCGCUGAUUGCCACCAGAGCCAUCCAUGAGCUUCUGCUGGAGUGGAGUCAGCAGAUGGAGGUGCAGACCUUCUUUUCCCCUCUGUUCAUCGCUCUGCUCUUCCAGACCUCCUUCCUCAUGGUGGAAGGGAACGCCGCAAUGAUCCAGGAUCGGCGUCACAUAACGGAGUGGGUGGACCCCGUCAGUUCCACUGUGGAGGCCCUGAAGACCCUGAUGCACAGAUCUGGGUACGGGAACUUUGAGUCUGAAAUUGAGAAGGUUGGGGGCUGGGAACUGCUCGUCAAUCCUGAAAGACACUAUGAUGGAGUCGCUCUGCUGGCCAGGUCCCUGGUCACAAAGAACUGCUGGCACAACCGGCCCAUCUUCGGCCUCCUCAUGAAGAUGCUUCAGGACCCCAGCUGUGCCAACCACUUCACAGCCUUGGUGUUCCUGGCAGAGCUGCUCCAGUGCCCGGAUGUGGCUGCCAUAGUGGAUGACUUCGUCACCCACAUUCUGGCCAACUGGUUCAACUGUGCUGAACCAGCCACAGUUAAGCUUCUGCUGCAGAUGACAGAGGUCUUCACAAAGCACAAGAACCUGGAGAAGCGACUGCACAUCCUGCAGCCCCACGUGCUGAACUGCUGCUACUCCUCAGACAGUGACAUUGUGCUGGAGACUUUCCUGGUGCUGAAGCACCUCCUGGAAGAGCUCACCUGGCAGAACUCCUCCUCCUUCCUUAUUCAGCUCACCUUCAAGCUGGAGCCGUUCUUUGAGGAGGAAUCCGAGCACCUGCGCUUGCUGGCCUUCCAGAUCUACAGCCAACUCUUGGCCAGGGUCAAGAGGAAGGUGCUUGUCUUCCCCUUAAGGCACCAGAUCCUCAACCUGAUAGUCUUCCUGGUGUUGCACCUGCAGGAUGUGAAUUUUGGUGUGACUCAGCUCUGCCGGCUCACACUGUACAACACAGCUGUCCUGUUGCGCUGGUCGAAGCUCCAAGAAGUCUUCACCAAGGGAGAUGUAUUUACCAUCAUGGGGGCCUUGCUGCAGCAAGAGACAAACAAAGCCCUCUGGUUUCUGAAGCAGUGUGUGGCUUUGUUCAAGAGCACACAGGUCCCCAUUCGCCAGGCAGCUGUGUGGUUUGCAGGCCAGAUCCUCCAAAUCCUGGACUUGGAAGAGAUGAAAGAAGUCGAGGAGGCCUAUGUAGCCCUGAGGCACAUGAAGGGAGACCCCGAUCCCAUGGUCAGCUGCCUUGCCACGCAGACCAUCUAUGUCCUGGAAGCCAACGAGAAACUGCUGCUGGCCAACAUGACUUCCUGCUCCUGCAGGAGGAGGUCCCAAAGGGGCUGCUUCUGA